GCAACUAUAGAAACAAGCUAACAGCGGCUGUAGUUAGUAUUCUGUUCUAACUACAUACAUAUAAGCCAUAGUAAAAUAUAGAUGAUGAAGCUAACACACUAAUGUGUAGUUGUUGUCGAUUGUGGUGGUGUUAGUUGCAAAAGUAGUAUUAUGCCCUCUAUAUGGAUGGAUGGUUGGUUGUUUGGAUGGAUUGACUGUUAGCCAUACGGUAUGUCAGUCAGAAUAACCAGCAAGUAAGAAAAAUAAAAACAAACAGAAAAAACACAAAUACAUUCACAGAGAUAUUUACGUUUGGAUAGAAUACAAUUGAUACCUUGUGCUGUGUUCUUUUCGUAUACAUGUGAGAAUAUGUAUACAUGUAUAAAUGUUUAUUUUUUCUUCUGUUGUUAUUAAUGUCGAUGAUGGUGGGUAUGUUUCAUAUUAAGUACAUAUUCUAUACAAAAAACAACAAUAACAAACAGACACUUUUCUAUAUACAGAUAUAGACUCACUAACACGCAAAUUGUAUAGUCUUACAGCAAUAGCAAAAACAACAAGGCGAAUUGAAAUAAAAAUAAAAACAACAACGACGAAUGCUACUACAGCAACAACACACUCACACUUAAAUAUGUACUCGUAUUAUACCGUUUUUAUUUCAUAUGGCAAACGUACGUGUACUAACAGAGCAUUAGUAUUAAAGUGUUACUCAACAUAUAAACACCACACACGAGAAAUUCAAAAGUAAAACAAACCGAAAGAAAAGAAAAAAAUAAAAAAACAAGAAAAUUCAUCAAUAGAAAACAAAGUCGCAAAAUAGAGACAUUGAGGAAAUUUUACUAAACGAAACCAACAAACUUACAUGUAUUAUGUUUAUUAAGUAAUUACUUAUUAUUCUUGAAAUCCUAAAUAAUUAAUUGGCAUUUUAAAACAAUUUCAAAAACAAUACCAAUUUUAUGUGCAAAAAUAAUAGAAACAAACAACGCAAUAACACAACAACAAACCAACUCAAGUGCUUUGUUGUUAUGGCAUCAACAACACAUCUCUUACUUAUACUUACUAACACAUAACCUCAAAUUGUAUAUUAAUAUUUUUAUUAUUGCAAUAAUACACUCACUCACGCAACCAAUACAUUCAUUCAUUCAUCGUACAUACAUAUGUGUGAAUUUUUGAACCUUUAAAUAAGAAUAAGGCAAUAAUAAAAAGACAUAUUAAGAAGUGUUGAAAACUUAACCAAUAAGUGUAUUUGGAGUGGAGUGCUAUAAUUUUUGACAAGUUUUGUUUCUAUUAUUAUGAAAAUGGCAACAUUAUCAAGACGAUCAUCAGGUGCAAAUUCGAAUGGGUCAACAGAUCCUGUACUAUCACCCACAAAAAAGCCUAAAAGACGCAAUGAACGGAAUAUUCUUACAUUUUACGAAAAAAUUGCCGUUAUACGUUACUACGAUGAGACCAAUAUAUCACGCAACAGUUUAGCUAAAAUGUUUCACUGUUGUGCUACUCAAAUUCGUCGCAUAUUAGAGCGUAAGCAGGAACUAUUACAACAACUGGCCACUCUGAGUGAGGCAGAUGCCUCAAUUAUAAUCGAAGAGAUGACACGCAAAAGGCGUAAAUUUGAAAUGAGUGCCAUUAGUUUUAUACUACAUCAGUGGGUGGAGAGAUGUCGUCAAAUGCGUCUUCGCAAAAGUAUUACAAAUGAAACACUUAAAGAGACUGCCGUUAAAAUGGCCGCUAUACUAAAUCUGCCCGCUUUCCGUCCUUCGUACCGUUGGUUGAAUCGUUUUCGCGGUAAAUAUAAAUACAACGAUGAAGAUUUAGGUUCGGGCCAGGGACCAAAUACCAAUGAUGGUGAAUUGGCAGUUGAGGAUAUAAUCAUCGAAUUUAAGGACUCCCUGCCAAGUUUUAUGCAAAAGGAAAUUUCUGCAAUUACUUCAUCGGCUAAGGUGGAUGAAAAUACCUCAACUGCAAUUGUUAGUGAAGUGAAACGAACCGAAGUUCCGGUCAUCAUAAACGAUGACAAUAGCAAUGAUGAUUUUGAAAUAUCGGAUGACGAUGACAACGAUGAUGACGACAUGAAUGACAGCAAGGAGAAUACAAAGAGUUCGGCUAACAACGAAGAUGAUGAUGUUCAAGUGAUCGAAAUUAAAACUAAGGAAACUAUUCUACCAAUACCUGUAAAACCAUCUCCGAUGGCAAACGAUUUAAAAAAAGCAGAUCUCGCAGUUCCGCAAGACUAUCGUAUGAAUGCUGGUUCAGCUGCCUUGCUGCACAGCAUCUUUCCACAUCUUGCCGUUAUACACCAAUUUGCCUUACUUAAUUCGGAUGUUAAAGCUUUGGAAUUAAUCUCCCAAUUGGGGGUUCAUAUGAAAACCCAAGCCGACGAAGGUGCCUAUAAACAGUUGUCGCUGGCGACAUCCGUUACCAAUGAUGUGAACACGUCAGAAUUUGACCCAAAUAAUGAUAAUAUAUAUCCGGAUAUUGAUGAUAUUGUUUUGAUUGAAUAACCUUGUUUGAACUGAAUUUUUAUUUUAUCAAUUAAAGCAAAUGUACUUAAAAUACGUUCUCAUAUAAAUAUCGAGCAUGAAUUUCUGUAUUUAAAUAGUUUUAAGUACUUUUAAGAUGUAUUUAUGAAUUCAAUUUUUUAUUUUAUUAUUUCAUUGUAUCAUUUAAGUUUUUCAGUAUAUUAUUGAAA